AUGGCUGAUGAAGAUGGCUUUUUGAGUGAUGAUGUAUUAAGUGAUGCUAAUUAAGGGUUCUUUUACGGAUAGGAAAAAAUAGAAUAAAGUUGUCCUAAAUCAAAUGGUUGAAUUAUGGAAGGACAAUGAAGAUUUUAACAGAUCUGAGUAUGUGACGAAUGGAGUUUAACAAUUAGCGAACGAUUUCAUGGAGGAAUUAGACGAAGAAUAUGAAUAGGAAUAUAAGGCAGCAAACGUACCAGAGUAGAUUUGUAUUGAUUUGAUCCAUAUGAAUUCUUUACAGAAGGCUUAUUAAUAUAGAGAUAAGUAUAUAGUCAGCUAUUAAAGUAGCUAAGAUAUCCGAUGUUGCGCGUUAGAAAAUAAAUACUAAUUUUGGUCAAAACAAUUUCAUAUACUGCUUUAAAGAUUUCAAAACACUAAUUAUUUGAGGCCUUGACUCUGGUGGUAAUCAUAAUAAAUUCCAUUUUACUUUCAAUAUAGUAUGAUGAUCAAGAGGCUAUUGAAUUAACAUUUUUAAUAUUGUAUUACAUAGAAGCGUUGAUAAAAAUAAUUGGGAAAGGACUAAUUUUUAAUUCAGGUGCAUAUUUGAGAGAUAUUUGGAAUGUAAUUGAUGCCUUGGUUAUAGUGGCUGGUUCUUUGUAGUAUUUCAUGAGUACAUCAGUUUAAUUGAGUGCUUUGAGGUCACUUAGAGUCCUAAGACCUAUAAAGGCAAUUUCAUCAAUAAAAUCGUUGAAGUAAAUUAUGACAACCUUCUUUUUAUCUUUCAAUGAAUUGGCAAAUGCCUUGUUAGUGCUGGGAUUCACCCAAGUGAUAUUUGCAAUAAUUGGAUUAUAACUAUUCUAGGGCUACACUAAGUAUAGAUGUUUUGAUGAGAUUGGAAUCCAAUCGAUGAAAAUUGAUUAGCAAUAUUGUCAUAAUUGUCUUGAUGGUUAUAUAUGCGGCAAAAUGUUGGAGAACCAAAAAAAAGGAUAUUUGAGUUUCGAUAAUUUUGGUUUAGCACUAUUGCAAGUGUUUAUAAUUAGUAAUCUGGAGGGUUGGGUGGAUAUUAUGGCAGCUAUUAUUUACACUUUUUCAGAAGUGGCAGUUCUUUACUUCAUCACAUUCAUAAUAAUCAGUGCCUAUUUUUUAAUUCAUCUGACCUUAGCAAUUUUGAAGGUAAAUUUUAAGAAAUCCAAUCAUAUUGAAGAUAAUUAGGUUGAAGAGGUGUCUUACAAUUAUAGAUAGUUGAAGAGAUUGAAUAUUUAUAAGCCGAUAAACGAUAAUAAACGAAAAUAAAAUUUCCAUAGAUAGCAAAGUAUGAGAAGAUCAAGAAUUAUCAGAUCAAUCCAACCUAAGCAACCUACUUUUAUAGAGAAUUCUGUUAAUUAAGCUGCUCAAGUCAAAUUGCCAUUUAAACCAUUACUCAUAAACGAAUAUAGUAAGCCUAAGAAACUUAAACAUCAUAAUACUAUGAUUACAUUACAUGGAAUUUAUGGGGUUAAGAAUGAUGAGUCGAAAUAGAAAAACAAUGAUUCAAAUAAUCAUUUGUACAGAAGAGCCACUUAAAGAAAUAUUCUUAAAAGAGGAACUAGUAUUUUAGAGAGCAAUCCCCUUCAAGAAUUAGAAUAAAUGCUUCAAGGGGAAAAGGAAAGAAUUCCUAGAUAGACAUUAGCCUAAUAAAAGUUAAUUAAAGAUGUGAAGUUAAUUGCAUCUUCUUUUCAGAGAACUCCUGCUUUGAUCACAACUGUAAAGUAAGCUCUUAGAAAAAGCCGAAUUGAGCAAGAGAUCAAAUAACAAGACAAUUCCUUGAGUGUUUCACUAACUGAAAUCGAGUCAGUGGCAGAUGAAAAGGUGAAGGAGCGAUUUUAAGAGCUGGAUAUUCUCUAUUAAGAAGACAAGGAAGAAAAAGUGGGGGGAGAACCCAAAAAGCAAAUCUAGACUACUUCAAAAAAAUAAAAGAAAGCGGAAUAGUUUAAACCUUAACCCCUGGAGAUUAGCAAAGAAGAUGAGAAAUUGAAGAUUAGACUCUUCGAAACUAAAUUAUAUCCAAGAGUUCUGUAUAAAGAGCAUAUUUGUGAAUCAAUCAAAGAUGUAUUGCCAUCCUUAGAGAGAGAAACUCAAUUGCUAGAACUUAAAAAGAGAGAAGAAAAACGUAGGAAUAUGAAGGUUUCAUUGCGAUACCAACUAUAAAUUCAAUUCAUAGAGAAGAAAUUUGAAAAGAAAGAUAGAAAACUCACUUAUGAUUCAUCAAAAGAAUCUUCAAAUAAAAAUAUUAAGAUUUUUCCUGACUCUGUAAAGCAGUAGUCUAAAUUUGCCAGAUAGGCUGAUUUUAUUGCUAGAUCACCUUCUUCAUUUAAUGGCAGCAAUCGUUAAAAGAUGAUUGGGAAAUCUUAUUUUAAGCCUUACAAUCAGAGUUAAAAAUACUCGUAUAAAUAAUACAAAGAGUUUUUUAAUAUUGAUUUAACAGAUCAAUAGCUACGCAAUAGAAUAGAAGAAGUUGAAAUAAAAGAACCUGAUAUAAGAAUUCCGAAGGAAGAGUACUUCCAUCAUCAUAAAUUCUAUUAACAAUUCCAUAAUUAAAAAAUAUAGGAUAUAGAAAACUUGAAUGGAGAAUUGAUAACUGAGGCUUCAAUUUUAGAGGUAAAGGCAGUUGAUUUUGAUCCUUUUAUGAUGAAUAAGUAUGAAAAGAUUAUUUAAGCCUUAAAUUAUACUCAGGAUAAUUUUUACAUUUACAUGAAAGGGAUUGUCGGGUUAUACAAAUUAGUUAGAUUUAGGAUGAAUAUUAUUUUAGGCACAAAUGCUUUUGAGUAUAUAAUUAAUCUUUUCGUCUUAGCCAACACAGUUGUAUUGGGACUAGAUGGUUUAGUUAGUAAUAAAAGUGAACUAGAAAAAUUGAAUUUGUUUUUUACAAUUUUGUUCACAAUUGAAUAGGUUUUAAAGAUAUUUACAUAUGGUGUUUCUAAAUACAGCAAAGACAUUAUGAAUAUAUUUGAUUUGUGCAUAGUUCUACUUAGUUUGAUUGACUUGUUAUUCUUAUCAUCUGGAAGUGGAUCACACUUAUAAGCAUUUCGGUCGCUGAGACUUUUUAGGGCUUUCAGAAUAUUCCGAGUAACUAAAUUAGUGAGGUAUAAAUAUCAAUAACUUUAAUUAGGAGUUUGGCAUACACAAACUUUUUGAUCUAAAUUUUGAGCAAUGCUUUCUAUUCGCUUAUGUACAUAACAUUUCUAUUAUUUCUAUUCAUUUAUAUAUUCACACUAUUGGGCAUGUCAUUUUUUCAAGGAGCCUUAACAAAUACUCAAUACAGAACUAGUUUUGAUACAUUUUUGGAUAGUUUGCUAGUAGUCUCUUAGAUUUUGAUUUUAUAAUGGAUUGAUGUUUUGUACGAAUUGUUAUUGUCAGAUGUGAACAAUUCAUUAGUGAUAAGUUAUUUAUUAAUAUGGAUAUUUAUUGGAAAUUAUGUUCUGCUUAAUUUAUUGAUGGCUAGUCUGUUGAAUUAUUUUGAAGACGAGUAUCAAUAAGAAAACAUUCAAUAAUAAAGGCCUUCGAUUACUGUGACUAUGGUGGAUAAAGUGAUUGAAGACAGUCCAGAAAAUCCUAUUUUUCAGAAGGAUAAAACUUAAUUUAGUAAUUCAAGUUCAAAUGAUAUGAGAAUGUCUACAAUGAAGAAUGCUUUUACUUAUAACUUUGAUUUUAGAUAAUGUAAGCUGUCCUUGAUGUUGUUUGAUGAACAAAACGCAUUCAGAAUAGUUUGUUAAAGAAUUAUUAAUCACAAAGUGUUUAAUUUGGUUAUCUUCUUUGUAAUAUGUUUUAGUACAAUAAAAUUGAUUUUGGAUACAUAUUUUGAUAACUUCCUUAUUGAAUUUGAUAUUUUUAUUACCUGUGUUUUUUUGAUAGAAUUUCUGCUAAAAGUAAUUGCAUAAGGAUUUAUAACUGAACCUAACACUUACAUGAGGAAUACUUGGAACGUAUUAGAUUUUACAAUUAUCAUAAUUUCAAUCAUUGACAUACCUUAUACAGAUUAGAAUCUCAGUUAUUUUAAGGUGCUCAGGUUGUUGAGAACUUUAAGGCCUUUGAGAUUAGUCAAAGAAAAUAAAUAGUUGAAGUUAUUAGUGACUACUCUAUUGAAUUCUCUUUCAGGGGUACUGAAUGUGACCAUUAUUAUCGUAUUAGUGUUUAUAAUGUUUGGCAUACUAGGUGUUAGUUUGCUACAGGAUAAAAUGCACUAUUGUGAUAUAACCUCUUAAAAUGAGUUUAAUUAUUAUGAUUAACAGGAAUGCAAGGAACUGGGUGGAGAAUGGAGUAAUAGGAAUAUGAAUUUUGAUAAUAUCUUAAAUUCAAUUCUGACACUAUUUAUCCUGAGUAGAAGAGACGAUUGGGACAAACAAAUAUAUUGGUAUAUAGAUGCAAGUGAUGAUGGUCCUGAAAAGAAUGCUUAAUUAUGGAUAAUUAUAUAUUUUCUCACAUUCAUAUACACAGGAUCAAUAUUGUUGAUGGAUUUGUUUACUGGAGUGAUUUUUGUAAAUUACAAGUUUGCUGAUUUCUCAAUGAAGGAUAAGGUGAUAUCGGCUGAUUAGGAGGAUUGGAUUAACAUUUAAAAGAUGAUCGUUGCUUCCAGUCCAAAUUUUGCAUUGUAUUAUCCUCCUCUGAAUUUCUAUAGAGCACUUAUCUUCAACCUGAUAUCAAACAGAUAUUUUGAUGGAACAAUAAUAUUUCUGAUAAUUUUCAAUGUUGUUGUAUUAUCUCUGAAUUAUGACGGUAAUUAUCAAAUUUAAUUGUAGAAUCCUCAAGCAAUUACAAUUCCAUUUUAGAGAACUUGAAUCUGUGUUUCAACUUCAUCUUCAUUGGGGAGUGUAUUCUAAAGAUAAUUGCAUAUGGUCCAAGAGGAUACUUCAGGAAUAGUUGGAAUUAGUUUGAUUUCUUUGUGGUUUUGACAUCAGCUUUGGAUAUCACUCUGAAGUUGAGUGGGGCGAGCAAUUAGAAUUCAUUCUUGUCGUCUGGCCCAUAAUUAUUUAGAGUGUUUAGGGUGUUGAGAGUAACCAAGUUAUUUCGGUUGGUGAAACAAUUGAAGGGUUUAAAAAAACUGAUUGACACUGCAACAUUUGCAUUGCCUGAACUAUUUGAAUUGAUCCUACUUAUGUUGUUGAUGUAUUGUAUCUUUGCAAUCCUAGCAGCAUUUCUAUAUUCUGAUGUGACUGAUGGGAGCAUUAUUGACGAUACUUAUAAUUUUAAGAAUUUUCAUCAUGCACUCUUGACUCUUUUUAGAUGCACCACAGGUGAAGGUUAGUAUUAGAUUAUUUAUGAUAUUAUGGAAUCUCAUGGAGCAGUCCAUUGUUUAUUCUUUGUUGUAUUCUCAAUUGCAAUUUAAAGAAUCAUGUUAAAUUUGUUUAUCUUGAUUGUCAUACAAUAAUAUGAACGAUUUUAUAUCAAUUCUGACAACCCACUUCAGAGAUUCAAAGAAUUCGAAUAAGACUUCAUAGAUGGGUGGGCACCUCUAUCUAAACAAUAUGGUGGCAGCUAUAUCAAGGUUAAAUAGUUGAUCAGUCUGGUAUUAACAAUCAAAUCUCCUCUUGGCUAUGAUCUCAACGAGAAGAUCUUGUUGGCUCUGGAUGACUGGAAGAAGUUCAAUUAGGAAGUUAAACAAACUCAAUAGAACAUUGAUAGGAUCAUCAACAUUGUAACAGCUGAUUGCAAAAAGAAAGUGGCCACCACUAUCAUGACAAUGGAAAUGACAGCCACAGAUGAUGGAUAAUUGGAAUAUCAUUAUGUCUUCUUCACUAUCAUGAAAAUGUUCCAACAAUAAUUUAUGCAAAAAACCACCAAGGAGGCUAAAACCAAAAUCAAACAGCAUGAAGAACAAACCCUGCAAAGAAUUAGAAAAAAUAGAAUUUACAUCAAUGGAGUGAAUCCCUGUGUGUAAUUACUAUAUGUGAUGAUGUGCUUUAAAGCAUUCAAGAGAUUCUCAGAGAAGGCUCAAGACAAAGCCCUACAAAAACCACAGGAAUUCAGCGAACAAAGCUCAGAUUCAUAUUAUUGUUAUUCAAGUUCCGAGAUUGCACAACGUGAACCUCAAAGCAUCAUGUCGAAUACAUCUAGAGAAUCCUAGAACCAAUUUUGCACUCCACCUGAUCUUACUGUCUAUCAGAGUGACAUCAACAUCAACAGCAACAAGACUUCCUUGAUCCAAAUUUUUAAUAGGCAACAGGUGUCCUUAAGUUAAACAAGUGAAAUCAACAGUCCCUAUAUCGAAUCAGCUAAAUGA